AUGCGUCUCCGGGAAGACGCCCCCUGUUUCCCCCUCGACGCAGGAGACCGGGUCGACGAGGCGCUCAGCGCAGAAGAAGGCAGAAAGCGGAGGCUGCGAGGCGCGUCUCUCGGGUCUUCACUCUGCUCCACGCCCCGACGGAGACACUCGCUGUCUUCUUCUGGUUCGCUUUCUUCGAAAGUUCUGAAACGCUUUCGCCUCCUCGACGUGGUGGAGGCAACGCGCCGAGACGCGCCCGCGCCUCCUGGCCUCUUUCUCACAGACGAGAAUGCACUGCCUGCCUCGCAGCCAUCGCCUCGGCGGGGCCGUGCACGCGACAGUCUCUCUAGACAAAGCUUGGGCGUCAGUCAAGAGAGAGAACAAGAGAGGGGACAAGACAGAGAACAAGAGAGAGGAGAGGAGUGGGAUGAAGAGCGAGGAGAGGAGUGGGAUGAAGAAGAGAGAAGAGGGGGAGAGGAGCGCGAGUCGUUUUUCACUUCGCGUUUGGCCUUUCCGGCGGAGAGGGACGGACACUUUGGAGAUGGUGCAGAAGAACCCUGCUGGGAGAGUGGGGAUGACUCGAGUGAUGACAACGAAGACCAGCCGAGCCGAUCAGCCACAGUCCCACAGCGUCCCUACCUCACGCUCCCCGCACCGGAUUUGCUCGACGACUUUUACUUAAAUCUCGUUGACUGGAGUCGCGGGAACCUCCUCGCCGUUGCUCUCAAGUCAAAACUUUUCCUAUGGUCGCCUCAACCCCGGCAUUUUCCAGAGGGACGCCAGGCGCGUCUUCUCUUCAACGCCAGCGGAACGAGCGUCUCGUCCUCCGGCGAUGGCGAAGGCCGAGAGGACGGCGUCGUCUGCGUCAAAUUCUCGCCUCAGUUUCCCUCCCUCCUCCUCGUCGGCUUUCGCAGCGGAUUGGCGGAGAUUUGGGACGUCCAGGCAGAGAGGAGACUCCGGUCGCUCAGAGGCCACGCGAGCAGAUGCACUGUCGCCGCGUGGAACCCCUCACAGCUGACUGUGGCAACCGGAGCACGGGACCAGCGAAUUCUCGUUCGAGACUUGCGCCUGGCGUCGCCGUACGUCUCGUGCCUCUCGGGGCACGGCAGCGAACUGUGCGGGUUGCAGGUGUCUCCGUCGGAGACGCUCUUGGCGAGCGGGGGGAAUGACAACUUGUUGUGUGUCUGGGACUACCGCUCGCUGCCGCUUUCUUCGCCGUCUGCGUCGGUCUCGGCGCCCACGGCGAGCAGCUGGGGGACGGUUUCUUCUCUUUUCGGUCCGAGCUCCUCUCCGCUUUAUGGCGCCGGAGGGCGACUGGGCCGCGACUACUUCGUCGCUUCGGAAAGACUCAGGAAACCGCUCUUCUCGUCUCUCUGCAUCCCGGCGUCUGGCUCCAGUUCCUGUCUCUCUUCCGCCUCUCUCUGGGCUGGGCUUGGCCUCGCGGAAUCGCGAAGCGGAGAGCUCGACUCCCAGGCUUCCUCGCAGUAUCCUCUCUCCGCUGCGGGGGCGGGCGGGCUGUCCGCUGGCCGCGCCAGCGCAUCCGGCUUGCUGGGGCUGCAUGCGUUUUCCUCCCGAGCGUCUUCCUUCGGGCACGCACCUUUUCCUUCGAUCCCACUCUUCGCGUCGCCUCUCGCGCCCGGCUCUCUCGGCUUCGCAGGCCUGAGACGGCCGAGCGAGCGAGAGGAGACAGACGACCGCGAAGAGACAGACGACGCAGAGCGGCGGCUUGGACCUUCGUCUUGUCUUUUUCCCUUUUCUCCGAAUCCUUCCUCUUCCGCCUUGGUCCGGAGCCUGCCGAGGGCGACACUCGCCCCGUCGGAGGCUUCGCUCUUGCCCGGCGCCUCUUCAGGUCUUUUCGCCCAGCAAAGAAGAGAGAGUGCGCCCCUGUCGUCUUCUCUGCAUCUCUGGGCGUCGUCGCUCUCUCUCCCAGAAGAGAGAGGCGCCGCCGAAGCGGAACGAGAAGCGGGUGACGAUGCGGCUGCACGCCCAGGACGAGGGCGCUCUCUUUCGCCUCCACCGCAUGCAGGCCUCGCCGCGUCGCUGACCAACCUGGCCUCGGCGCCCCUCGCGUCUACCUCGGCCUUCGCCCCGUCUCCCGGUCUUCUCUCUGAUAGGGCGCGACAGCUGUUCGCGCCUUCUCUCGGCGGUCCGACCUCGGCUUCCUCGCGUCAGCUCUUCGUGGCCUCAGAGCGAAGCGACCGCGACCGGGCGGCCGCGUCUCUCUCUUCUGCGCUCCCUUCUGUCUCCUCGGUGUCGUCUGCGCUCGGAGACACCUUGUUUCCUGCGUCUCUCGCCCCCCAGGGCGGUCGCCCCGCGCGAGAGGACGAACUGAGAUCCGCUGGAACGCUGGGGCCCUCGAGGGCGCGGGCUUUCCACGGUCCCGCUAUCCCGGCGCCGGGCGGCUGUCCCCGCGGCGGGGCACUCAGAGACUCACGCAACAGCACGUUCGCGAGAGACAAAAGAGACAGAGGUCGGUCGACUCCUCUCUUCGCCUACGAGGAGCACUCGGCAGCGGUGAAGGCAGUCGCGUGGUCCCCACAUGCGUCGGGACUCCUGGCGAGCGGCGGCGGCACGGCUGACCGCCAUGUCCGUUUUUGGAACACGAAUUUGGCGACCACAUCCUCCGUCCACCGCUUCGACGUCGGAUGCCAAGUUUGCAAUUUGUGCUUUUCGCCGCACUCCGAGGAGCUGUUGUCGACGCACGGCUUUUCGCUGAACCAGGUGUUUGUGUGGUCCUACUCGCCGCGACUCCUCUCGUCUUCAGCCUCGUACUCUCGGCCUUCCUUCCUUGCCUCUUCGCUCUCUUCCCUCUCCGACGCCGCGCUCGUCUCCGCCUUCUCCUCGCCUUGUCCGUCUGCCGCGACGAUCGAGCACCCCAUGGAGAAGAGCGCGACGCUGUCAGGUCACACGGCGCGCGUCUUGUUUGUCGCCGUUUCGCCGUGCGGCCGGCGCGCAGUGACGGGGGCGGGGCGCGGAGACGAAACGCUCAAGUUUUGGAAAGUUUUCCAGGCGGGUUUCCCCGCAAGUCGCGGCAAGCGCAACGACGAAUUCGAAGGCCUGUUCUCUCGCGGAACGAUGCGGCACCGCGCGACGGCUCUUCGCAGAGACCGCGAGAAACGCGCAAGCGACCGACAUGCAGACGAAAACGACAUGGACGACAGCGUCGAACAAGAAGAUAUCGAUUCCUGGCGGUAG